AUGGACGGCCGAACGCCAGUUCACAUAUUUGUGGUUCUCACAAUCAUAAAAAUUGGUCGUUGUGGUACCGUAGCAGGGACGCAGAUGUCAACGGAAGCAGACUCCCUCACCGAUUUCGACAUCGACCUAGCGAGCCUCAUGACAAAUCCACUGAAACCCACAGCCUUCAUGCCGAACUCCAUUGUCAGGUCAUCGGUGCCGUGUAACAAGGAGAAACCUUUCGUGAAGAUGGACGGUGAUGUGUUCGUCGACGAAUUACCGAGUCCCAAGAUUGAGGAGAAGAUCCGAGAGAUCACGCAGACUUUCGUUGAAACGCUGAAGCACAACAAGUCGUGGUUCGUGUCGCUGCUAUUCCACAUUCGAAAGGAACAGAAACGCCGUGAAUCUGACCGAUGCACGGCAGCUGAAUGCAUCUACAAGAUUCCCUGCUACCUGUCUCAGCGCUUCCUUGCAAUGUCGGCCUACAAGAAACUAAUGCGACGAGUGGGGACUGAUGAGGGUCUGGAUUUGCUGCGGAGGCGACGACGAGGUCUGACUGGAGCCAAGGGGCUCGGAGACGCAGACGAAGCUGAAUAUAACUCGCUGAUAGCUGAUGGCAAGGCUCCCGUUAUGAACUGCACAGGCAUCUACACAAACUACUGCUACAACUCCAUCUCCUGCAUCUACGUCAGCGUCCUUGAGAGUGCGGCAUGCUCGUGCAUGCCUGGUUACACGGGUCUGCGAUGCGACCUCUACGACCUCUCCAUCACGCUGUCGACGUUGUCGCAGUUCCGGGCAACCACGAUCGACAUUGAAUCACUGCGGCCGGAGGAUUCGGCGACGAUGUACAGUGUGCUGGACGCUACCGCACGGUACACCUACACGGCCUUCACAAUCGAGGAGGAGGUGACAGUGGAGUAG